GUGUUGGAGACGACGAUAUGGGAGAUGGAAUGCAAUGUAGUAAUCAUCCUUAUAGAAAUAACCCAGGUGGUAUCUGUGCUUUUUGCCUUCAAGAGAAGCUAGGCAAGUUGGUUUCUUCUUCUUUUCCUUUACCUAUUCGUGCAUCCCCUUCUUCUUCUUCUUCUCCUCCUCCUUUAAGAUCUGACACCGGUGGUGGCGCUGUUACUUCUAUUUCUUCCCUGUCUGUUGUUCGUCCCAUGUCAACCGGGAACGAUAAUGGUGGUCAUUAUGAUGAAUGCUAUACGAGGAAAGCUAGGAUCCCUUUCAUGUUGACAAAGAAGAAGAAGACGAUGGAUGCAUCAUCGGAUCAUCAUUAUCGUCAUCACCAUCAUCAUGGUAGUAAUAUUGCUUUUAAAAGAAGCAAGUCGACUACUGCUCCCAUUAGAGGUCGGUUCGUGGAUGGUGAAAAUGGUGGGGACUUCAGCCCUAGGAAAAGAACUGGUUUUUGGUCUUUUCUCUACCUUUCUUCCAAGACCCAUGGUUCCAAAAAGUUAGAUAAAGUUGCUUCUGUUGCACCGCCUACGGCCACCGUAUCAACGGUGGCGACAGUCGCAUCUGGAGGAGCUUCGUCUUCUGGUCCAAAGGAGAAAAGCUUAGGUUCAUCGAGAAAAGCAUACAUUGUGGUGAUAGAGGACGAUGAUAGUCCCACUAAUGAAGCUACUCCCUCGACUGGUUCGUCGUUCGAGCGGAAGGUUUCGAGAUCCAGGUCAGUCGGCUGCGGAAGCCGUAGCUUCUCCGGCGAUUUCUUCGAGAGGAUCUCAACCGGGUUCGGUGAUUGCACUCUGAGGCGAGUCGAAUCUCAAAGAGAAGGCAAACCAAAGACCUCCACCGCCACCGUCGGAGCACCGUCUGCAAUGAAAGAAAGGGUCAGAUGCGGCGGCAUAUUCGGCGGUUUCAUCAUCACUUCAUCAUCAUCGUCAUCGUACUGGCUAUCGUCUUCAUCUGAGGAUCAGAACGUGAACGGGAGGAGUAGUAAGAGCUGGGGAUGGACUUUUGCUAGUCCCAUGAGAGCAUUCACUAAGCCCUCUUCUGGUAAGAAAAGUAACACCACCGUCAUCAGGGAACCGAACAACAAAAGCACAACCCCAAAUCUGUCGGCCAUUCCUUCAUUGUUAGCUGUAUGAACCUAGAAGGUGAAGAACAUGAAUUCCAGUUAAAUAG